CUGUUGUCGAUUUUGUUCUGCUAGCUAAUGCUUUGGAAAACAGUAAGGAGCACGCUACUUUGUGAUAUCUGAAUUGUUUUUCUUCGUAAACAGUUAUGUUUCGGUUACAUUUCGUGUUAAUUAUGGGCACACAUCUCCUGUUACAUUCCUAAAACGUUUGUUUGGCUUAUUAUUCAAGAUGGUAGUGUGAGCUAGUUAGCUAUGCUAGCAGUUGUGCUUGCAAAUAAGCUAUCUUAUUUCGAUUUUUUUUAAAGAUUUUUAAAAAGGUGACAAAGGCUAUCUUCUAGUGCGCUGUACAAGCUAACAACAUGGGUGAGAGGAAAGGACAAAACCAUUACUACCCUCCGGACUUCGACCCACAGAAGCAUGGCUCCCUCAAUGGUUACCAUGGAACCCAUGCUCUACGUGAGAGGGCCAGGAAACUGUCCCAGGGUAUCCUCAUCAUCCGGUUUGAGAUGCCCUAUAAUAUCUGGUGUGAUGGCUGCAAGAAUCACAUCGGCAUGGGUGUACGUUAUAAUGCUGAGAAGAAGAAAGUGGGGAACUACUACACCACGCCAAUCUACAGGUUCCGGAUGAAGUGUCACCUGUGUGUGAACUACAUUGAGAUGCAGACAGACCCGGCCACCUGUGAUUACGUCAUCGUGUGUGGUGCGCAGCGGAAGGAAGAAAGAUGGGACAUGGCUGACAAUGAACAGAUCCUCACUACAGAGCGUAGUGAGAAGGAGAAGUUAGAGACAGACCCCAUGUAUAAGCUGGACCACGGUGGUAAGGACAAGGAGAAACUGAGGAAGGCUCUUCCCUCUCUGUCUGAGCUACAGGAUCACCAGGCUGGAUGGAAGGACGACUUCAUACUCAACAGCAAGCUCCGCAGGAAGUUCAGGACUGAGAAGAAAGUGAUGGCGGAGGAGGAGGAGAAAGACAACGCCGUGAGAAAGAGAACAAAUCUGUCCAUCCCUCUGCUGCCUGAGAAAGAGGAAGACAAGAAACUAGCAGCACUGCUCACCUACACAGCUCCUGACUCCUACGAUGACAGGCAGAACUACAAGCGAAAGGAGAUCUCUAGCCGCUCCUGGUUCAGUUCCCCCACUCUGCCACCAGGUAGCGCUGCAGGCAGCCUACUCCACAAGCUGGGCCUACAGGGGAAAGGUGCUGCUGUGGCCAAAGCCCUGGGUCCCCAAGCCUCCUCCCCUAACCCACACAGUCUCAUAAGGAGGAGGACCGAGGGCUCUGGGAGCAAACCAGAGGCCUGCGCUACAGUCACACGCAGGAAAUCAGACCCAGGAACCAAUGAUCUAGGAAACAGUCUCUCGCCGGAGGGGAAGGAGUUAGACGUUGCACAAACACAAAGGAUUGGGGGUACAGAUUUGGGAGUUGCACAGCCCGAGCACGGACAGGAAAUGGUUGAAACUCACAUGAGAUCUCUGGAGAUGCAGAUUCUUAACACCACCACAGAAGAAGAGGACAGAGGACGAUCGAAAGGAGAGGAUUGUGGGACAGUGCUGGAGGACCAUGACAGUAGUUGCUCUGGGGUGUUGAGGACGUCACUGGUUGCAGACUACAGUGACUCCGACUCAGACCCCGGGGUGUAGGGUGAAGUUUCCCGUAGACACUGAUCUUGAGUCAGUUUUGACUUUCCUCCACUAAUGGUUAAGGUUGGGGGAGGGGAAUCUGUACCUACGGUAAACAUCACCCUGAAGCCAGACCUAGGAGUAUGAGGAUGGACUGUUGACUUUGUGUUAGAGAAACAAGACUUUUAGCCUGGUUAAAACAGACUGAAUGCUGAGCUCAAUAUGCUUGGAAAGUGAUGUCAUUGAACCCCCUGCAGUGUUUGCUAGCAAAAGAGAUUUUGCGGUGGCUAAUUAACAGUACAUUUCUGAAUUGUUUUGCCCCAUAGUUAGCUGAAAUGAUAAGCUAGCCUGCUAGAAUUGUUUAGUUAGCAAUCGCUGCUACACUAUUCUGCUAGGUACAGUAGCGCUUCUGUUUCAAUAGAAUGUAUUCAAAAUGACUAGGUUGUCUCCAGUUUGGCUUAUAUUUUCCCAUUGUGAUGCGCAUCCAUGUGUACCCACUUUCUAUGUGUAUUUAAACAAUGGUGAGCCCUGCAUUCAGUCUGGUGUAAACAGGCUACAAGUCAGUGUGCUCUAUGGCCAAAAUGUGUGUGACUGGGACUGAAGGUACACUUUGUGUUGUUAAUACAUACUGUGUGACAACAGAAUUGUUUCACCAUAAAUAACCAUGGACGAGAAGUUAUUUUCCAGUUUUAUUGAUUUGUGUAAAGUUGUGUAUUAUACAGAUUGGCGUGAUUAUGCGAAUGUCAUUGAAGACCGUUGUCCUCUGAUAUGUAGUGUAUGUCCACGCUGCUCCUGGAAAUACACGUACAUUUCAUUUAAUCUGAUAAAUAUUCGGUCCUUUACGGGUCUCGCUGUAAAUCAA